AUAUUUUUGUUUUAAAUGUAUUUUUGUUCCUUCUAAUGUUUAUAUGUUGAAUUCCUCUGUUUCUCUCUGUUGAAAUACAAAACAUAUAUUAGUUUCCCAGUUCUCUCUCUUUCUCUCUUGUUGUUUCCUUCUUUGCGUCUGAAACUUGUUUCCUCAUCGUCCUUAUUUCUCCUCUGGUUUAAAUUAUAAUCCUUUUCUUUUUUGCCGUUUCUCAUUAUCUUUCUAUUUAGUUAACAAAAGGCUUAUUUUCAUUGGGUGUUUACAGCAGCAGCAGAUUGCCAAAUGGCAUUGAGCACCCAAAGAGACUCUGCCUUUCUUCCUUCACCUGAUCAGUCUGCUCCUCAACCGAACUACGAUGUGUUUUUGAGUUUCAGGGGUGAGGACACUCGACUUAGCUUUGUAUCCCAUUUAUACCACGAAUUGCAGCUCAGGGGCAUUAAAACAUUCAAGGAUGAUCCAAAGCUUGAAAGAGGGACAGCUAUUUCGUCAGGGCUCUUCAACGCAAUCCAAGAAUCGAUGCUUGCAAUCGUUGUUCUCUCCCCAAAAUAUGCUUCUUCUACCUGGUGCUUGGAUGAACUUACAGAGAUUCUCCAAUGCAUGAAAUCCAAGGGCACAAUUCUCCCAGUGUUUUAUAAUGUGGAUCCCUCCCAUGUGAGAAAACAAAGCGGCACUUUUGCGGACGCCUUCGCUGAGCAUGAGAAAAGGUUUAGGGAAGACAUCGAUAAGGUGAAGAGCUGGAGAGAUGCUUUAACAGAAGUAGCCAAUUUAUCUGGGAUAGAUUCAAAGAACGAGUGUGAAAGAAAGCUUAUUGAAAAUAUUGUUGAAUGGGUGUUGAUGAAAGUACAUCGCAAAUUCAAAUUGUUAGAUUCCAGAGAAUUGGUGGGAAUGAAGUUCAUACGUGAGCAAGUAGAUUUGCUUUUAGCUCAUCCUACGGAUGAUGUUCGCUUUGUAGGGAUAUGGGGGAUGGGCGGAAUUGGCAAAACAACCAUUGCUAAGCUAGUUUAUGAUCGCAUUUCUAUCCAUUAUGAAGUUAACAGCUUUCUUGCUAAUGUUAGAGAGGUUUCUCAACGUGGCGAUCUUGUUAAUCUACAAAGACAACUUCUUUCCCCAAUCUUAAAGGAUCAAUUUACUCAAGUUUGGGAUGAACAGUGGGGAACCUCUGUCAUUAAGAAUUGCUUGUAUAAUAAAAAGGUUCUUCUCAUUCUUGAUGAUGUGAGUGAAUCAAGCCAACUUGAAAAGUUGGCUGGUGAAAAGGAUUGGUUUGGUAAGGGGAGUAUAAUCAUUAUUACAACUAGAGAUAAACGGUUGCUAGAUAAACAUGAUAUACAUAUAUCAUGUAACGUAGAGGCGUUAGGUAAUGAUGAUGCUCUUGAGCUCUUCAGUCGGAACGCCUUUAAAAAAAAUGAGCCGGAGGAAGGUUAUUUGGAAUUGUCAAAGGGUUUUGUAAAUUAUGCCAGAGGACUUCCACUAGCUCUUAAACUUUUGGGAUGCUUAGUGUAUAAGAGAGAUCAAUAUGAAUGGAAAAGUGAAUUGGAUAAGCUGCAGAAAAUUCCUAAUUCAGAAAUUAUUGAUUUGCUCAAAAUAAGUUACGAUGGAUUGGAUGAGAUGAAUAAGGAUAUAUUUCUUGAUGUUGCAUUUUUUCACAAGGGGAUGUUCAAGGAGCGUGUAAUUGAAAUACUAGACUGCUGUGGCCUAUAUGGUCAUAUUGGGAUAAAUGCUCUUGUUCAGAAAUCACUUUUAACUAUUGAUAUUUCAAAUAACACGGUUGAGAUGCAUGAUUUGAUACAAGAAAUGGCAUUGGAAAUUGUUCGUCGGGAGUGUUCUGAAGAGCCUGGUAGACGAAGUCGAUUGUGCAAUCGUGAUGAUAUCUCUCAUGUAUUCAUAAACAAUACAGCAACAUACAAAAUUAAAGGCAUUGCCUUACGCAUGGCGAGACUUGAAAUGGCAGAUUGGAAUUGUGAAGCCUUCUCUAAGAUGUGUAACCUGAAAGUUCUUGAAUUUGAAAAUGUGAUCAUUUCUUCAAGCCCUAGAAUUCUUCCUAAUUCCUUGAGAAGUAUCAAAUGGAGUCUGUAUCCUUCCAAAUUUCUCCCAUCAGGUUUUCAACCGAAUUUCCUUAUUGCACUUGAGAUGUGUAAUAGCAAACUUGUUCGGCUUUGGGAUGGAAGAAAGGACUUGCCUAACUUGAAAAAAAUGAAGCUUGCUGGUUCUAAAAACUUGACCACAACCCCAGAUUUCAGUGGCAUUCCGAAUCUUGAGUUGUUGGAUUUUCAAUUUUGUAAGAAUUUGGUUGAGAUUCACCCGUCAAUUGCAGAUCUCAAAUGAUGCUUGA